AUGUAUGCCGUGGCAGAUGGUGAACGGAAACGACCACCAGACUCAGAGGUAAGAUAUCGAACACCUCGAACGACCACGCUAUCCAAGUUGACGGCUCCGGUAUUAUCCAAGUUGUUGUCUCGAAUCGGUGGCUUAUUGGAGGACGACUUGGAAGCCACUCGACGCAUGGCUUGCUUGAACGUAACGCUCCUGUUCAACGGAUUUCUGCUACCCACUACUGACGAAGAAGCCAGUUCAUCCGAGAAGACUCACUUUUUAACUUCGUCAACUUGGCUAUUACCGUUCAAAGGAUCCAGUUCAUCGUCAAAGACAUCCGACGCGACUGAAACCGUGCCGGAAAAUACCUCCUGUCCGCUACCAAACUCGUUCGGGGACCAAGUUUACCGAUUCUAUCCGAAUCUGAUCAAGCGGUUAAAUGAUGCCAAAGAUGAGGUGAUUCUUUUUAAGAAAAAUCUGUGA